UGCUAUUUUUGACGUCUGUCACACUGUGUGAGUUAGGAAAUUAUUUAGUCAUGCAGGCUCAAGUCAAGUUGCCACCAAAGAGAGGAAGGGCGUAUCGAUGUUUAAAGGGAGAUGACUUCGUGGGAGAGAGGGGAAAAGUAAUUUCCCACAUCUACAAGAUGCAUCUACCUCUUGACCAAUCACCAUAUUUUUGUACUUUAUGCACCUUUAGAUGCAUGAAGUUGGAGCAGCUGGCAACGCAUGUGUCUGCGUACAAAGACCACAUAGACAGGGUGAGAAGAGCGGAGGAAAGUGGAGAAGAGGUGGAUGAGGCAAUCCACUUGAAGGAAUCUACUUGUCCGUAUAUAGUAGCAGAUGGCCUCGACAUGGAGCGGUUGUCAGCUGAUGAGUCCAAUAGUCUGUGGCAACAAAGGGCAGGUCAACGAUUUAAAAACAACACUGUUUCUAAAGCUGUCCAACCAUUGCCAGCACCUCAGCCAGUGACGGCCAUAUGUGUCCCAACAGCAGCACCAGUCACCACCACAACAUCGGAACCUUCAGCAACUGAAGUGACAGUGGUCGAAGCUAUGCCAGACAACUUGUCAUUAUGGAGUUUUUUAAACUCCCCAGCGGAGAUCCAGGAGCCACCUUCAGCGAUUAUUCCACCAGCUGUCGAGGAAACUCAGAAAAGACAUUCCAGGUCCCAGUCGAGGUCACGGUCGAGAUCUCCCGAGUCUUCUGCUUCAUCAGAUAGCUGUAGAGAUCAAAUGGUAAAAUUGACACAGGCGGUCGUGGAAAUAGUCAGGGAUAACAGGGAGCAAAUGAUAAUAUUUGCUAAAGCCAUCGACGACCUAACAGCUGCAAUUAGGCAACAGAACGAGCUGCUGGCCACUGUCAACAUUACAAGGUAUCUCUACACAGAUGACAUCACAAUGGAUGGUGCCAAUGUAAUGGGUUUGUUGUACGUAUCAAGUAAGUAUGACGUCAAAACCCUGGAACAGAAGUGCCUGACGUAUUUGCCGUCAUUGAUGACGCCAGACAACGCCUGUGUGAUACUGGAACAGGCCCACUUGUUUGAUGAGCAGGAAUUGAAAGAAAAAGCUCUGACUUGUAUUUUGGCAAAUGGAGAUGCCGCUCUACAAUCAACUGGAGUUACCGACCUUUCUCACGAAUGCUUGGCUAAGAUUAUACAAGCGGAAGAACUGGAGGUCGAUGAACAAUCUGUCUUUGAAGCUGUUGUGGCGUGGAGUGAGACUGCGUGCAGGAAACAGAACAAAGAUGUAACUCACGAAAACAGACGACAAAUGCUUGGGGAAGCCAUAAAGCAAGUGAGAUUUCCUCUACUUGACCACAGAUACUUAGUGAAACAUAUAAUACCAACUAAUCUUCUGACUGAUGCAGAAAAACUCAAGAUCUUCGCAAACUGUCUGUGUCCAAAUGAAAAUAUUUCACCGUUUAACGCCAACAAGCGCACAGGUACUAUUCGUCGAAAGAACAUUACAAUACAGCGCCUCACCAAAAAUAAUAAACAUGAUAUGACAUCUUCCAAUGACCAUUCAAUUGUGUUUUCUGUAAACCAACACGCAUCACUGCAAGGCUUCUGGUUGUAUGGUCCCAGUAACAGCUCUACUGCACAUUAUCACAUCCGAGCUUUCAUAACUGACCCGGAAGUAGAUGACGUAAUCGAAGGUUCAUCAAUGAAAACGUCAGUCGAAACUUCUAAGACAAUAUAUGAUGUGACGUUUCCUCGACCCCUAAAACUGAGGAAAGACAAGGUUUACAAUCUGAUUGUUAACCUCGAUGGGCCUGACUCACACCGUGGUAUGUGGGGUAAAUCUACAGUACAGCACGGGUCGUUUGUGUGCUCGUUCUUCAAUCGCCAGGAAUCCAAACACAGUAACAAACUAACCGGUUGCACAGGUGUAGAUGCAGGACAGAUACCUGGUUUGAUGUUCUUAGUAUGA